CUAGGAUAAACAUUUAUGACGUAAUGUGAAAGACUCUGGCCUGGCAUGGAUUCGAAUAUUUAUAGUCCUACCAUUCCUUUCAUUGGACCAUUACCACAUCCUUUACAACCGGGAAAUCUAAUAAGAAUUUCUGGUGUUGUUGGUAAUUCUGCAACAUGUUUCUCUAUUAGUCUGCAAAAUGGUCCAAGUUCCUAUGAACGGAGUGAUAUUUCAUUACAUUUAAGUCCAGUGUUUACGUCGCCUCCAAGAGUUGUUAGAACAUAUUUUGAAAAUCAACAAUGGGGCCCUGAGGAGAGUCAUGGUCCAUAUUUUCCUUUUGCUGUUGGUCAAGAAUUUGAAAUUUUAAUAUUAAUUGAAAGUGAUCAGUUUAAGAUAGCUGUGAAUGGUCAACAUUUUACAGAAUUUCAUUAUAAAUUACCUUUACAAAGUAUAUCUCAUAUAGCUGUAGAUGGUGAUGUAACUAUUAACUCUAUAAAAUUUGAAGGUUUGACCUCAUCACCAAUGGCAGGUUCAGGUGAGGGCAUUUCCAAGCCUUUAGGUUUUUUGAUAGAUCCCAGUAGUCAAGGUGGUCUUACAUCUCCUUCUUCUGGUAAUCGACCUCCGUCACCUUACAAUGCAUCAUCCUUGCCUUAUCCACCAAAUCCAUCCUUUGGACCUUCUCCAACUUCAUAUGCUCCACCAUCUGGUGGUAAUUAUAAUCAAAAUUCCCCAUCAAGUCCUUAUGGUUCACAAGGUUAUAGCCCUUAUGGACCGCCUUCUGGGGGUUAUCCUUAUGGCCCACCACCUUCUGGAAGCAAUCCAUAUGGUCCUCCUCCAACUGGUCCCAAUCCAUAUGGCCCUCCUGGUGGUCAUCAGUAUCCAGGUCCACAAGGAUAUCCUGGGCAGUCAGGAUCUUAUCCAUCUCAAGGUUAUCCUUCAUCAAACCCUUAUCCAACACAACCAGGGCCAUAUCCAGGAACUUCAGUUGUGUAUCCAGGCCAAGAAGAAAAGAAAAGUGACUCAGGUUUAAAUUUAAGUAAUUUGGCAACUGCUGGUGCUGCAGCUUUAGCAGGUGUUGCUGGAUCCACAAUUCUAGGAGGCAAACACAAGAAAAAGAAGAAACAUGGCUAUGAGAUUCCAGGCAUGGGUCAUGGUCUGGGACCUGCUGCAUUAAUGGGUGGUGUAUCUUCAUUGAUGGGUGGCAACAAACAUGGUCAUGGGCAUAAAGGAAGUGGCAUGGCUGCUCCCUUGGCUGGUGGAGCAGCUGCAUUGGCUGGAGCUUACAUGCUAAGUAAAAGUCCAGUAGGUAAAUUGAUGAAACCUAAGAAAAUGAAGAAGCUUUACAAGCACAAAGGAUGGGGCAGCAGUAGCAGCAGCAGCAGUAGUAGUUCUGACUAAAGCAUUAUUUCAAAUUAUGAGAUUUAUUUGCUUUAUGAUGUUUGAUUUCCUUAAUGUUGCUCCUAGCAUGAUAUCAAAGUGCUACUUAAAAUAGUGACUUUACAAUAAUAUUUAUUUAAGUGAUAUUAAAUACUGGAGCAUUUUUCAAACUGACUUUUCAACUGAUGCUUUUAAAACUGACUGGAAUUGAUUAUAUCUUUUUAGAAAGAUAUAUAACUGAAAAAAAAUAACAUAAAUAUGUGUGUUCAACGACAGAGCUUAUACAGUUAAAGAAUUUUUUUACUAAUUAUUUGAUUGUAAUAUGUCAAUUAUUAGUCGAGUGUUGAGUCUUCACAGAAUAUUUUAUUUUAGUUAUGAAAAUAUUUAGAUAAAACAUAGGUAUGAAGAGCAAAAUUUUUAUUGUAUGUUUUGUUUUAUAUCUAUUAUCUGGUUUGUUGAUUUUUUUUAAAGAGUGAUUUACUAAUGCAUGUUAAUUUUUUCUGUAUGUCUUGAUUCACUUUCCAAAAAUUGAGGAAUGUAGUUUUCUGAGAAUGUUUUGAAUGAUUAUUUUCAGACCUUUUCGAAUUUUUCAUAAUAUUAUUAGUAAAAUAUUACUAGAAAACUAUUUUUUUUUGUAACUUUAGUAGUAACCCUAAGUAGAGCUUUAAAUAGGGCAUUUAAAUUUGGAAAAAUUAGGAUCUAGUGAACAUGUUAUAGAACAGGAGAAGCCCAAGAUAAAAUUUAGUGUAUUUUUAUCUCUAAAACAAUUUCCUUAAUAAAGGUAAUAAUUAAAUGCUAUAUUAUUCAUAGUUUUUGAAAAUAUAUAAAUUAUAAUGUUUAUAAUCUAUCCGUCUCAGUAGAGUUUUGGGUAUUUAUAACUGUUGUGGAUCUAAGUUAUUUCAUUAUCAGGAGUUUUAGCUAUUUAUGAAUAGCAAACUUAGAUGUGGAGGAAAAGUUCCAUUAUAUAUAUAUUUUUUUACUUUCAUUUUAUAUACUUUAAUGCAUGCUAAAUUAAAAAAAAAUCCAUUUAGAUAGAAAGAGCUAAAUUCAAAGAAUGAGUCGAAAUUUAAACUUGUUAAAUACACUAGAAAUAAUAUUAAUUAGCAAGUAAUGAAUGAAGUGGUUUUGAAAAGGUAGUUAAUUAGUUGAUGAAAAUCUGAUAACAGUUGGAAUGAAGGGAAUGAAGAAAGAGAGAAAAAAAAUUUAUGAAUCUUGGGGGAAAAAUACUGAAUAUGUUGAUAUUUCAAAAUUGCCUUUUCAAAACCAUAUUCAUUGAUCUUAACUUUCUUUCUGCCUUAACAAAAUAAGCAAAAAUCUGUCAAUUUAGGAUUGCAUUAUCAGCUCAAAACUCAACUAAUAAUGUUACCAAAAUAAAAGGUAACUUUUUCUUGUGCUCAUAAGUUAUGAUAAUAAUUUCAGUAAUAUAUAUAUAAAAGACACACACACACACAUUCACAUACACUCUAGAAGAUGUGCUUGUCUAGGUACACUGUUAUCUUUUUAAAAAUAUCUUAUAUUUCACUGUAUUUCUCGUAUCUUUAGUAAUGAAAGUUACAGUAAAAGUAUCAUGGACAUAUAUAGAAUGUUUAAGAAGUUAAAAAAAAAAAAAUACUUGCAGUACAUUUUAUAUAUAAAUUAUAACAUUUGAAGUUUUGUUUCCUUGUAAUGGGAUUGUUUGUAUCCGUAAUGUUCACAAACAGUGGCAUCAAAGCUAUUCACUAAAAUUAGAUUGAAGCAAAUAGUGAAUCACUAACAGAAAAAAAAAAAAAAAAUAUAAUGCUGGAUAUAAAAUUAAAAUAAAAAUACUGAAAGGAAAUAAUAGGAAGAACAAUUAGUGCUGUGAAGGGAAAAUAUAUUAAAUCAGCAUAUAUAAACUGCAAACCUUAGCUUAUUUAUUUAUGUGCUAUUUAUUUCAGUUUAGGUUUAUUUGCACACUGAGAAAUCAGUCAAUUUAAACAUUAAAAAAAAAAAAAGCCUGUCCCCAAAGACAUCAAAACAAAAGUUGGAAUUUAGCAUUUAAUAAUGAUACAGAUCAAAAGUAUGGGGAUAUUUUUAAAUUCCAUCUAACAGUGUAAUUAAUUCCACUUGGUAGUGACAGUUGUAUAUAUAUAUAUAUAUAUAUAUAUAUAUAU